CUGCAUUUUCUUUCUUCCUCUUCGUUCCGCUACCCCCUUCCAGCGUAAGCAAGAGCCAGUGGGGCCUCCGGCCUAGCCCAGCUUUCGUUAUGGCUCUCAGCGAUGCUGACGUGCAAAAGCAGAUUAAGCAUAUGAUGGCUUUUAUUGAACAAGAAGCCAAUGAAAAAGCAGAGGAAAUUGAUGCAAAGGCCGAGGAAGAGUUCAACAUUGAGAAAGGUCGUCUUGUGCAAACCCAAAGACUGAAGAUUAUGGAAUACUACGAGAAGAAAGAAAAGCAGAUUGAGCAGCAGAAGAAAAUUCAGAUGUCUAAUUUGAUGAAUCAAGCAAGGCUCAAAGUCCUCAGAGCAAGAGAUGAUCUUAUUACAGACCUACUAAAUGAAGCAAAACAGAGACUCAGCAAAGUGGUAAAAGAUACAACCAGGUACCAAGUGUUGCUGGAUGGACUGGUCCUCCAGGGUUUGUACCAAUUGUUGGAGCCCCGAAUGAUUGUUCGUUGCAGGAAGCAGGAUUUCCCUCUGGUAAAGGCUGCAGUGCAGAAAGCGAUUCCAAUGUAUAAAAUUGCCACCAAAAAAGAUGUUGAUGUCCAAAUUGAUCAGGAGGCCUACCUGCCUGAGGAAAUAGCUGGUGGAGUUGAGAUCUAUAAUGGGGAUCGUAAAAUAAAAGUUUCCAAUACUCUAGAAAGCCGGCUGGAUCUCAUAGCCCAGCAGAUGAUGCCAGAAGUACGGGGCGCCUUAUUUGGUGCAAAUGCCAACAGGAAGUUUUUGGACUAAACCUUCUGUCAAGGUGGAGUUCAUCCACUGCUUUCCUGUCAUGUGGAAGUUUCUGAUGUUUGAAGAAACAAGAUAUCUGUGUGGCUUCCUCUUCGUUCUUCUAAUAUUCUGUAUUUAUCAGUGGAUCUUCUCUGUAGCUAAUGCCCUUGGCCUAAUUGUUAACAUGAGAGAAAGUUUCACUUACUAUGAUCAGGAAACCUCCUCCUUAGCUUAUCUAAAAGCAUGACUUUCAUUUGCUUUUGUAGCAUGAAGGUGAGGGUAUCAGAUGGUGGUUACUGGAGCUUCACCGAGUCUCUGCUCUUCUCUCAUCUUCUGCUGUCAGUUCUCGAGCCUAGAGGGUGAGGUGUGUGGUGUUUUCUGACAUUUGGUCUCUGCUGUUUAGGCUGCAGAUGCGUGGGGAGCAUGC